AUUAUAAUAGCUUCGAACCAUUCUUCUUGUUUUGUUUCUCUUUCAUACUUUCUCUCUCUUCGGCGCUUUAAUCAUCCAGUUCGAAGAUUUUCCCUUCUUCUCAGUUUAGCUAAUUACAGCUACUUGUAGUGGUAUGAUGCUUGGGGCAGUAUGCCGGUUAUAGUUGGGGGAAAUGCAAAGGUAUCAUGCUGGCAGCUGCACUAGUGCAGUUAAUAACAGUGCAAUAGGUGGGCCAUCUGCUAGAGAUGGUGGAAGAUCUGAUUCAUCUACUUUGCCAGCUAACUUCCCUUUGAAUUCAAGGCGACAACCACAGUUAGCCCCAUAUAAGUUAAAGUGUGAUAAAGAACCGUUGAAUUCUAGGCUUGGACCACCAGAUUUUCACCCCCAAACGCCAAAUUGCCCUGAGGAGACUCUAACAAGGGAAUAUCUGCUAUCUGGAUAUAAAGAAACGGUUGAGGGGCUUGAGGAAGCUAGAGAAAUCUCACUAUCCCAGGUUCAAACUUUUAACAAGACAGUUGUCCUUAAUUGCAAGGAGGCUAUUAGAAAACAUCUUAGGGCCAUCAAUGAAUCUCGUGCUCAGAAGAGAAAGGCUGGACAAGUAUAUGGCGUGCCCCUCUCAGGAUCACAACUUGCCAAGUCUGGUGUUUAUCCUGAAUUAAGGCCAUGUGGUGAAGACUUCCGGAAGAAAUGGAUUGAGGGAUUAUCUCAACCGCAUAAGAGGUUACGCUCUUUGGCUGACCAUGUUCCUCAUGGUUAUAAGAGAACAUCCCUUUUAGAAGUUCUUAUAAAGAAUAAUGUUCCAUUGCUGAGGGCCACCUGGUUUAUAAAGGUUACUUAUCUCAAUCAGGUUCGACCUGGUUCUGGUAGUAUUUCUUCUGGGGCUGCUGACAAAAUUCAGCUGGCUCGUUCUGAGGUUUGGACCAAAGAUGUUAUCAAUUACUUGCAAUCUCUUUUGGAUGAGUUUUUCUCAAAAAAUGCAUCUCAUUCUACUCAUAAUAAAGAGCGAUCACCACAAAUGUCUUAUGCUGGAUCACUACAGCACAAAAAUGAUCCGUUACUAUCUAUUUCUGAUGGUGAAGAGCCAUCCUUACAUUUUAGAUGGUGGUAUAUUGUUCGGCUACUUCAAUGGCAUAAUUCUGAGGGGCUACUUCUUCCUUCUCUUGUCAUUGAUUGGGUUUUGAAUCAAGUACAGGAAAAAGAACGGCUGGAGGUCUGGCAACUGUUAUUGCCUAUUAUAUAUGGCUUUUUAGAAACUGUUGUUCUUUCUCAAACUUAUGUGCGCACUCUGGCUGGAAUAGCACUUCGUGUUAUUCGUGAUCCUGCUCCUGGUGGAUCAGAUCUAGUAGAUAAUUCUCGGCGGGCUUAUACAACUUAUGCUCUGAUUGAGAUGAUACGGUAUUUAAUACUUGCAGUGCCGGAUACUUUCGUUGCAUUGGAUUGCUUUCCUUUGCCAUCCUCGGUGGUUUCACAUUCAAUCAAUGAUGGGAGUUUUGCACUAAAACUAAAUGAAGUUUCAGGGAAGGUAAAAAAUAGUUCAGAUGAUUUCGGUCAUAUUAUUUCAUGCAUUCAGAAACAUGCCGAGGAUCUUGCUAAGGCCGCAAGCCCAGGCUAUGCAGGUCAUUGUCUGGCCAAAGUUGCAAAUGCCUUGGAUAAAUCUCUUGUGCUUGGUGAUUUACGUGGAGCAUAUACAUUUCUUUUUGAAGAUCCCUGUGAUGGAACUGUAUCGGAAAGUUGGGUUGGUAGAGUUAGCCCGUGCUUACGGUUAUCACUGAAGUGGUUUGGGACUGUAAGUACAUCACUUGUUUAUUCAGUGUUUUUCCUCUCUGAGUGGGCAACAUGUGAAUUCAGGGAUUUUAGUGCUACUCCUCCUUGUGACAUCAAGUUCACUGGCAGAAGAGAUCUAUCCCAAGUACAUAUGGCAGUUAGACUUUUAAACAUGAAGAUGAAGGAUAUGAAGAUUUCACCAAGACAAAUGAAUGGAAGCACUCAUAGAGUCAGUUAUUUAGAGAAAUGUUCAAAUCAGAGGCAUAAUCAAGGUUAUGUGGGAAAUGUCUCCAAAGUAAAAUCUAGUUCAAAAAGUAACAGUUUUUCAGUUAUGUUUGAAAGCCCUGGUCCACUCCAUGAUAUUAUAGUUUGUUGGAUUGAUCAGCAUGUAGUGCACAAAGGAGAAGGGCUUAAACGGCUUCAUCUAUUUAUGGUGGAACUCAUACGUGCGGGCAUACUUAACCCAUUGGCGUAUGUACGUCAGCUGAUAGUCAGUGGCAUAAUGGAUUUGAAUGCAAAUUUGGCUGACCUGGAGCGACGAAAGAGACACUAUUGCAUCUUAAAGCAACUUCCUGGGCAUUUUAUUCGUGAUGCUUUGCAGGAGUCGGGGAUUGUUGAAGGGCCGCAGCUUGAUGAGGCCUUGCAAACUUACUUGAAUGAACGCCGCCUCAUACUUCGUGUUCCUUCAAGUGGGAAGCAAGAUGAUGCUAGCAGUGCCAAUAUAUCUGCCAUCAAGCGGAAAGGACAUCCAGCUUCUGUAAAGAGUGGGGCUUCUACUGUUACAACGGCAACUGAUCCAUCUAAAACUACUCUUUCUAAAUCCGCAUCUUCUAAAAAUGCAAAAGAUGGUGUUAGCAUUGACGAACUGAAAGGAGCCAUUAUGGCCUUGUUACAGCUACCAAGUAGUAUUGCUAAUUUGAACACUACAGCAAGUGAUGAAUCUGAAGGCAGUGUUAGAAGACCUAUCUUGCCUAACAGCAAGAUUGAUCAAGUGGAGGCUACACCUGGGUGUGAAGAAUGUAGAAAAGCAAAGAGACAAAAGUUGAGCGAUGAAAGAAGCUCAUUUGCUCUAGUUCUUUCUGAUGAUGACGAUACAUGGUGGGUGAAGAAGGGGUUGAAAUCCUCAGAGCCUCCCAAAGUUGAUCAACCUCCAAAGUCAACCAAACAGGUUACAAAGAGUCGUCAGAAGAAUGUGCGAAAGACGCAGAGUCUUGCUCAACUGGCUGCUUCAAGAAUCGAGGGUAGCCAGGGGGCAUCAACUAGUCAUGUUUGUGAUAAUAAGGUAAGCUGCCCUCACCAUAGAACAGGUACGGAUGGAGAUAAUAUGAGACCGGCUGAUAGCAUCCGAACAAGCCAGUGUGGGGAUAUUGUUUCCGUUGGCAAAUCACUAAAGCAGCUACGCUUUGUUGAGAAAAGGGCAGUAGCAUCUUGGUUAAUUAUGGUUGUUAGGCAGUCGGUUGAAGAGACCGAAAAGAAUGUUGGCAAAGUUGGUCAGUUUGGCAGGCCCUUUCCUACAGCUGAUGAUAGAAGCUCAAUACGGUGGAAACUUGGUGAGGAUGAACUUUCUGCAAUGCUUUAUUUGAUGGAUAACUCUGAUGAUUUGGUAUCAACUGUGAAGUUCCUCCUCUGGUUGCUGCCAAAGGUUCCCAAUAGCUCAAAUUCUACAAUUCACAGUGGAAGAAAUGUUAUGAUGCUGCCAAGGAAUGUGGAAAACCAAGUUUGUGAUGUGGGAGAGUCUUUUCUGAUAUCAUCAUUGAGAAGGUACGAGAACAUUCUUGUUGCAGCAGACCUUAUUCCCGACACACUGACAUCUGCAAUGCAUCGUGCUGCUGCUAUUAUAGCAUCUAAUGGAAGGAUAUCAGGUUCAGGAGUCUUGGCAUUCGCUCGGUAUUUAUUGAAGAAAUACGGCAGUGUGACUAGUGUUAUCGAAUGGGAUAAAACUUUUAAGACUACUUGUGAUGCAAGGCUUUCCUCUGAACUUGAACGGUCAGUGGAUGGGGAGUUAGGGUUAGUUCCAUCUGGAGUUGAGGACCCUGAUGACUUUUUCCGUCAGAAGAUAAGUGGUGGUCGGUUACCUUCGAGAGUAGGCUCAGGCAUGAGGGACAUAGUGCAGCGUAGUGUUGAAGAAGCAUUUCACUAUCUCUUUGGAAAAGAUAGGAAGGCCUUUGCUUCUGGUACACCAAAAGGUCCUGCUUUAGAAAAAUGGGAUAAUGGAUAUCAAAUCGCUCAGCAAAUAGUCAUGGGCCUCAUUGACUGCAUUAGGCAGACGCCAGGUGCUGCACAAGAAGGUGAUCCAUCGUUAGUCUCUUCUGCCAUUUCUGCCAUUGUUGGCAGUGUCGGUCCAACAUUAGCAAAGAUGCCUGAUUUUUCACCUGGCAAUAAUCAUUCGAAUACAACGUUGGCAACAAGUUCUUUGAACUAUGCCAAAUGUAUACUCCGAAUGCAUGUAACCUGUCUAUGCCUGCUUAAGGAAGUCUUGGGAGAACGCCACAGUCGUGUAUUUGAGAUUGCUCUUGCAACAGAAGCGUCUAAUGCUCUUGCUGGCGUUUUUGCUCCUAGUAAAGCAUCUCGAGCUCAGUUUCAAAUCUCCCCCGAUUCCCAUGAUACUGGCAGCACUACUCCAAACGAUGUGGGAAGCAACUCCAAUAAAGUUAUGGUUUCAAGACCAACAAAAAUUGCUGCUGCUGUUUCUGCACUUGUUGUUGGUGCCAUUAUACAUGGUGUUACCAGCUUGGAGAGAAUGGUAUCUAUCCUCAGAUUAAAGGAGGGAUUGGAUGUUGUACAAUUUGCAAGAAGUACGAGGUCCAAUUCAAAUGGAAAUGCGCGGUCUGUUGGGUCUUUUAAGGCAGAUAGUUCAAUUGAGGUUCAUGUCCACUGGUUUAGAUUGCUUGUUGGAAACUGCAGAACCAUGUGUGAAGGAUUAGUGGUGGAACUCCUCGGGGAACCAUCUAUUAUAGCACUUUCAAGGAUGCAGCGCAUGCUGCCUGUAAGUUUGGUCUUUCCGCCUGCCUAUUCUAUAUUCGCCUUUGUCAAGUGGCGACCAUUUAUUUUGAGUGCUAAUGUUGCAACCCGUGAAGACAUUAAUCAACUUUAUCAGUCUCUAACAGUUGCCAUAACUGAUGCAAUAAAGCAUUUGCCUUUCCGAGAUGUAUGCUUUAGAGACUGUCAAGGUCUUUAUGACCUUAUGGCUGUGGAUGCAAGCGAUGCUGAAUUUGCAAACUUGCUAGAGGUUAAUGGCUCCGAUAUGCAUUUAAAAUCCAGGGCAUUUGCUCCUCUUCGUUCUAGGAUUUUUCUGAAUGCCAUGAUUGACUGUAAGCUGCCACAAAAUUUGUAUACAAAGGAUGAGGGGAGCCGGAUUUCUGAUGAAUCUAAGCUUCAAGAUAAGCUUGUUCAUGUUUUGGAUACCUUGCAACCUGCAAAAUUUCACUGGCAGUGGGUUGCGCUCAGGUUGCUUUUGAAUGAACAAGCCCUUAUCGAAAAACUGGAGGCACAUGACGGGUCCAUAGCUGAUGCUAUACAGAUGACCUCGCCUAGUGCUGAGAAAGCUGCUGCUGCGGCUGCUGCUUCCGAGAAUGAGAACAAUUUUAUUGAAAUACUUCUCACAAGGUUGCUGGUUAGACCUGAUGCUGCCCCCCUUUUCUCGGAGUUGGUUCAUCUUUUUGGUAGGUCCCUAGAGGAUUCGAUGUUGUUGCAAGCUAAAUGGUUCCUUGGAGGCCAGGAUGUACUAUUUGGUAGGAAGACCAUUAGACAAAGGCUGCAAAAUAUUGCCGAGGGUAAAGGGCUUUCUGUUAAGGCUCAAUUUUGGGAGCCAUGGGGUUGGUGUAGUUCGUCUACAGAUCCAGUGACUGUCAAGGGGGAUAAGAAGUUUGAUACCACAGGUCUUGAAGAAGGAGAAGUUGUGGAAGAUGGCAUGGAUUCGAAAAAAGGCCUAAAAGGGUCCUCUCAAGCAUCUGAUUGUGAAGGCACUGGUGGGGACCAGCAGCAUGUGACUGAGAAGGCUCUUAUUGAGUUAAUUCUUCCUUGUAUAGAUCAAGGCUCCGACGAAUCCCGCAAUUCCUUUGCAAGUGAUUUGAUUAAACAGUUAAAUAAUAUAGAGCAACAAAUCGCUGCUGUUACACGCGGGGUAAGCAAGCCAGUGGGAAGUACUUCCCCUGGAAUAGAAGGUCAGACAAACAAAGUAAGCCGCAAAGCUAUGAAAGGUGGUAGCCCUGGAUUAGCUAGACGACAGGUAGUUGUAACAGAUUCUUCUCCUCCAUCUGCUUCGGCUCUACGAGCUUCUAUGUCAUUGCGUCUGCAGCUGCUCUUGAGAUUUCUUCCUAUCCUUUGCACUGACAGGGAGCCAUCUGUGCGGAACAUGAGAUAUUCACUUGCUUCCGUAAUCCUUCGUCUGCUUGGUAGCCGGCUUGUCCACGAAGAAAGUUCGCUGCUGAAGAGGGAGGUGGAUUCAUCUACUGAAGCUGCUACUGGCGCAACUCUAGACUCUUCUGCUGAGGGUUUAUUUGAUCGAUUGUUGUUGGUUUUGCAUGGAUUGUUGAGUACUCAUCCUCCGAGUUGGCUUCGGCUUAAACCUGGUUCGAAGACGAUCAAUGAACCUACGAGAGAUUUUUCUGGAGUCGAUCGAGACUUAUUGGAGACUUUGCAGAAUGACUUGGACCGCAUGCAAGUGCCUGACACCAUCCGGUGGCAUAUCCAGGCUGCAAUGCCUGUAUUCUUCCCCUCUCUGCGAUGCUCUUUCUCGUGCCAGCCACCCCCUAUUCCACCAUCUGCUCUUGCUUGCCUGCAACCCAGCUUUACGAAUCCUUCGACUGCCCCACAGAGGAAUGCGGUUCCCUUAUCAAGGAUUGCAACUAAUGCAUCAGGGAAGUCAAAACAACAGCAAGAUAAUAAUGAUUUGGAAGUUGAUCCUUGGACACUUCUAGAAGAUGGUGCCGGAUCUUGCCCUUCUGCCAGUAAUACUGUGAGCAUAGGAACCGGUGACCCUGCCAAUAUUAAAGCUGCCAGCUGGCUUAAAGGGGCUGUAAGGGUGAGACGGACAGAUCUUACAUACGUUGGUCCCGUUGAUGAUGACAGUUGAUUAACAGGAUUUUUAUCAUCAGUUCAAAGUUUAUGAUGGAGCCCCUCGUGACAGCGGGUUUUCGGUUGUCGAGAAUCAUCGCAUGAAUGGCAUAAAGAUGCUGUUUUUGUUCUUGCCGUUGGAUUGAAAGGAGGCUGAUGAGGGGCAUUGUUUUUUUGAAGAAAAUGGGUUGUAGGGAUUUUUCCCUAAUUAGCUUGGUUGACUGCUAACCCUGUUGAUCACCAAUCACCUCAUCUUGGAUUGUGCACUUCCCUGGCACAGUUCUUAGGUUUGUUGUAUAUAUAGGGAUAUGAUUAUUUCAAAUUUACCAAUUGAUCUGAGUAAUAUAUCUCAAAAAAUGUGAUCUGUUUCAUGCUCAUUUUUAUGCUCUAGUGUACUCAUGAGUGUGUUCACAAUGUCUAUAAUCUUUUGGAGGAGCACUAGCACACACAAAGGGCACUCAACCAUUGUUUGUACUUUGAUACUAUAUAUUAUGUUCAGAUCACCAUAGUUAACUGCUUGAUCCUUUAGCAUUAGCA